UUCCAGAGCCCAGUGGGUGUUUGUAGGAAAGGGUAACAUCAUGGCGUCAGGAACAGGAGAGCAGUCCACUGGACACGAUGCAGAAUUGGACGAAUUAUUGGACAGUGCUUUGGAUGACUUUGACAAGACAGCAGUCCCUCCAGCCCCUGAACCUGCUGCUGCUUCCUCCUCAGCCAGCGGUCCAGAGAAGCCCCCCAUGCUUGAAGACUGCAAACUCUUCGAGACUCUCUUUGAGGGGGACAUGGCUUCCCAAGCAAAGGAGGAGUGGGAGAAGGCCAUGACCGAGCUAGCCAGUGAGGAGCCAGAGUUACUGCAGCACUUCAAUAAACUGUCAGAAGCAGCUGGCAAAGUUGGCACUGACACCGCCUCCCAACAAGAAUUCACUUCCUGUCUUAAAGAUACCCUUCGUGGCCUGGCCAAAAAUGCGGACAACCUGCAGACAUCCGGACUCGCAGGAGACGACCUUGUUAAGGCGCUUGAAGGCCUAGGAUUGGAGGAGGGUGGAGAAGGAGGCGGUGACGACGGGAACAUCCUGCCCAUCAUGCAGACCAUCAUGCAGAAUCUGCUCUCUAAGGAAGUGCUUUAUCCGUCUCUCAAAGAGAUCACUGCUAAGUACCCAGAAUGGUUGGAGGCCAACAAGCCAAGCCUCAGCCCGGAGGACUACCAGCGCUAUGAGCAGCAGGCCAAAAUCAUGGGAGAGAUCUGUAAUCAGUUCGAGAAGGAGGAAAGUGGGGCAGCAGAUAAAGACGGCACGUUUGAGGGCAUCAUGGAUCUCAUGCAAAAGCUGCAAGACCUGGGCCAACCACCCAAAGAGCUGGCAGGUGAUGCGCCUCCAGGCUUUAACUUUGACAUGGAGUCCCUCAAUCUCCCAGGAGUCUCAGGAGCUGGGGCGGCAGAGCAGUGCUCCAUCAUGUGAUCGGGUGGAGCUGCCGUCUACCUGAAGGACUUAAACCAGAGAGUCACUCUGUGCGUCAGCGACAGGCCGGGAUCGAAGGAGUGUGAAGCAAAGGUCAGGCAGGAGUGUGACCUGACUGUCAAACGGUUCCCUCUAAAACAGAAAGUGUGUGGAUGCAGAAACAACAACAGGAAGAGGCACCAAAACCAACAGGAACCACACACAAGAACACUCUCUUCUGUCUUAAAUCACUGAACGCACAACUCGGAACAUUUUAACAUCCCUGCAUCAGUUUGUCAGCGGUUGCUGCAAGUCAUUAACGGUUUUAACAGCAUUCCUUUAAAAAGAAAAUAGCACUGCCGUUCUUCAUGCUGUUUUUACAAUACUGUCUAUCGUCAUGGUCAAAUCUAUCAAAAACACUUAACAGGUAAAAAUGGUGCCUUUUACAAAAUUACUUUAAAUUAUUAUUUUAAGUUUAUCAUUCACCCAAUCACAUAAUAGUUUUUAAAUGAUGGGAAUUUUUGCAAUAUCACCCAAUGUUUACACCAACUACCACUUAAUUAAACACACACCUCUGAUCCUGUGCAGGCUGUGGAGGAUGUGACUAACCAGAUACAUACUUAUUAACGUGUAAUGAAAUUGUGAAAAAAGGAGUGUACAUUUGUUAAUUAUUAAAAAAAUUAAAAGAUUAAGGAGGAAUAAAGCGUUUACUGUAAUUCAGCCAGCUAAAUUUAACGAGAGCCAUUCCCCAAGAGUUUUAACCCCCAUUCCCAGGAAUUUCUUUGAAGUGAGAUGAUGAUUCCCGUAUGCCUUUUGCUGUGAUUACAGUGAUCGUUAUAGUGUAGAGUUACUGUGAUUCCCGGUGUUUAUAAUUUGCAGAGUGAUGUUUUCUCUGGUAUGGGAUCCCUGCUAGGAAAGAUAAAAAAUUGAGGGGUAUUUGGAGUGUUUACCACCUGAACGCGUAUACUUAUCCGGCACCAUCCGGUAAAAGUACAUCAUGUUCUUUCCCGGAAAAGGAGACAGGCAGAGUGCUUAGCAUUAAAUGAUGUGACGCAAGGAUAAAAACAUGGCUGUAAUUCAUUCAAAUGCACUGUGGGUGAAACAUCUACAGCCUGUUAUAACAUGUCGGCUGUGCUUGGUGGGUUUGUUUACCCUCGCAGCCUCUUCUCACCAGCUUCUGUUGCCAGUGGACUGAAUGUACCGCUGUGACCACAGAGAGACAUCUAGAAAUCACACGACCAUCAGCUCAUCAACACCUGUAUAAUAAAGGGGUGCUAUGAAAGGAUGCAGUCAGCCAUGCACUGAAAAGAGAUCUGAAAUAUGUCAGAGUGGCGGGGAGGCUUCUGUGGACGUCCAUAAUGGGGGGUGCAAUCUAUUUAACUCUCAGGGCCGAUGGAAACACGCCGAGAGCACCGUUAAAAAAUGCAUCCUGUUAUUUGACGCUAUUUUGUUUUGUUUUGUACAUAUAUGAAAUAAAAUAAUGGUAUCAUGCAAUA